AUGGCUCUGCCGCAAUCACUUCCUGAUCCUUAUACUCUCUUUUCAUCUGUGGACCGCUCGUCUAUCAGGCAUUCUGCUCCGCCUGCACUCCCAGGUAGCGGGAUUCGCGAGAUUCUACGGCGUGAAAAGUCAGGGGGCUAUCCACAUAACUUCCAAGAUUCUCAAAGGUCGGUUACACCAGAUGAAUAUGGAAGUGGAAGUGAGGAUGAAGAUGCCAGAGACCGAGACAUUGGGCAUAUAAAGACUGAAAACAAGCCCUCUGUGCGCGCCAACUCCAAACGUAGAAGGUCUGCUGCGCCAACCCCUGGUCCGGAAACAAGACAGCGGUCUUUGAGCCGUACAGCCAUCUCAACCCCCCUGUACUUGCCUGAAGAUUCAUCCGACAGAGACGUCUCAACGUGUAGCGAAUCCUACUUUACACUGAGCAGAACAUCGUCCAAUCUUGAAAGUCCAAAAAGAGGUCGAACUACGAGACGAGAUCCUACCCCAUAUCCCGAGAACGUCGGACGGGAUAGGAGUCGUCUGCAUCGUGUGAGAAGUAAUAUCUCUAUUCAACGUCGCGUUUCACAUGAUGAGAGGGAUCCAGAGAAAAAAGAAUACUCGCCAAGACCAUCCGGGACUGGCGGCAGUCUUGUCGAUACUUCUUUACGUAUAAUAAAAGGAGCAUUCCAAUUGCAUAGAUGCCAACGACCAGACAAGUUCCGGUUCCCAAAACCUAGUAGCCAGCCAGAGACUGUUUGGCGCCCUGGUGAUGGGUUCUCGGAAGAUGAAGCCAGACCUCAAUUUCCCGUUCAUGUAAUGAAGAAACUCAGACGCAAACGAACGCGUUCACUCCCUGCCCUCGGACAACUACCCUUAAUAUCUAAAAGUAUCGAUAAGGAUAGCACUGAGAAAACAACUUCAAGUCGACCAUGGAAAUCUGUUAAGAUGACGAAAGAGUCGUGGCCGACGAGGGAUAACUUUAUGGAGAUUCCAGUCAACCGAAAAGCAAUAACAGAUAUAAUCGAAAGCUCCUCUAUGAUCGAGCCUACAGUGUUACAGAGUCCAAGAACUCGAGCUACUUCACGGCCGAAAAUGAAACAGGUUGUACCGCUGAAGAGACGGGCCUCCUAUUUUGAAAACUUUGGGAGGCACAAGGGGAAGUCUCAGAGUCGCCAUCGCAGAAAGCCAUCUCUUUCAAUCACGAAAGUUCCGUAUGAUUAUGGAUCUCAAACGAGCAAUGAUAUUGGCCUAUACAAGCAGGCCGGAGAGGGAAGUGCAGAACAGGAUGCAUUGAACGAAGAUGGUAAUGAUGUACAGGGCUCCCUGGAACUCGGUUAUGACAAUCCAAAUAUUCUAAACUCAGAGGAUGUUGAGCAGUUGGAUGGCUUAGAACACACGGACUUGGAGGAUCCAGACGAGCACAUACAGAGCACUGUACCAGAUUCACAACCCGGCGAAGUCUACUUGGGCGGCUUUUACAGCGGCCAGACAUUAAUCAACACCUCCGAUCUAGUAAUCAUGGCACAUAUGGCCAUUGAUUGA